UGAUCCACUCGGUCUCCGUUUCUUGGCAUUUUUCUUUUCGCGUCUCUUCUCUUCCUAUGCCUGUUUCCGUUGGCAAUGAACAGUGACUAUCCUCUCACUGAAACUGCGGCUCCACAGCCUGUUCAAGAAUCUUUGGUUCGCAAGUCAUGGCCCAAUGAGUCAAAACCUGCAGCUGCACCCCUCUCGAAACACGCAACACAUCUCUACACCGUCUCCUACUUGAUCUUCUUCUCUUUGCUUGGCACCCUCGCUCGCCUAGGCCUCCAAGCCCUGACAUAUUACACGGGUGCCCCUGUAGUAACAGGGGUGCUAUGGGCAAAUGUCUGUGGGAGCCUGGUAAUGGGGUUCCUGAGCGAAGACAAGAACCUCUUCCGUGAGGAGUGGGGCGAGCCCAAGACCGAAGCGGAUGCAGACACCGCCACGCAGAAUCACAAAGCAGUCAAAAAGACCAUCCCACUAUAUAUUGGUCUAACAACCGGAUUCUGCGGCUGCUGUACAUCCUUCUCAUCCUUCAUUCGCGAUGUCUUUCUUGCCCUCGCCAACGCCCUCCCGGACCCUUCGCUGCCAUCUGGUGCUGCCAUUGCAUCCCGCAAUGGCGGCUACAGCUUUAUGGCGCUCAUCGCGGUCAUCCUGAUGACAGUGUCACUAAGUCUGUCGGCGCUGAUCUUCGGUGCCCAUCUGGCUCUCGCGCUGUCGCGGUAUACCCCUGCCGUGCCUUUCGCGUUCAUGCGACGGGUUGGCGAUCGUAUCAUCGUCGUGCUGGCGUGGGGAUGCUGGCUCGGCGCCGUAUUCCUUGCCAUCUGGCCGCCAGAUCGACAUGAUGGGCUAGAUGUCUGGCGUGGGCGGGCGGUAUUCGCGUUAGUUUUUGCGCCCCUGGGGUGUUUGCUUCGGUUCUACGUUUCGCUCUCCCUCAACAGUCGUGUCCCUGAGUUCCCGAUGGGCACUUUUGCUAUGAAUGUCUUUGGCACGAUUAUCGAGGGCGUUUGCUAUGAUCUGCAGCAUGUCAGUGGUCUUGGGGCUGUGGUUCCUACUGCUUUGACGGGCUGCCAGGUGUUGCAGGGGGUUAUGGAUGGGUUUUGUGGGAGCGCAACUACGAUAAGUACUUGGGUUUCUGAACUGAAUGGUUUGAAGCGUCGUCGCCAUGCAUAUGUGUAUGGUCUUACGAGUGUCGUUGUUGCUCUGGGAUUCCUCAUUGUUAUCAUGGGUUCGUUAUUAUGGACACGUGGAUUCGCCGACGCUGUGUGUGAGUGA